CCACCAGUGGGUGCCCGAAUUCGUGGCGCACGGGCCAAAAACACCAAAAAUCGCGAAACGCGAUUUUUGCGAUUUAUCUAUUAUCACUCUAAACACUCACUAUGGCCCCAACUACACGUCGCACAAGCCGCAUUACCCCUCCGCCAGGCCCUUCUAGUGGCCACGAAGCUAAUACGAUCAAAAAGACUAGGUUCUUCACAGCGUACGACAAAGAAAUCUCAUUCAAAUCGCUACGCCAGAUCGCAAAGGAUGAAAGCACUACUGAGUCUACCGCGCGACGCUGGCUUAAGCAACGUGAAAAUAUAGGUAUCUUAGCUUAUCGACAUACACGCGGGAGAUCAGGCAAGCUUGGAAAGCCCUCAAAAGUCACAAAAGCUAUGUGUAAGAAGCUAGUCGAUCCGGCUAGAAAUCCUAUCCGAAAUCAGCCGUACGAAGCGCAGAUUGCCUAUCACAAAAUUCCUUGUAAGAAGCGCUAGUUACAACGCAAGCUUAAAGAGUAUACCAAUAGUAGUUAGUUUUAUAAGUGUGUAUUUGUCAAAAAGGAAAUCUCGGCCAGGAAUAAGGACAAACGGGUAGCUUAUGCACAUAAGCA